CCGAAUUUUCGACACCAUUUGUUUAUGACAUUUAAUGUCGCAAAAUCCGCCGCACUUCGUGUGUUCCAAGAUGGCGGUGGAGUUCCACCCCAGGGUCGGGGCGCUGGUGUCUGUCGGUAACAACGGACGGACAGCGGAGCGCCAGCAGCCUACCCAGGAGUUCAACAACGGGCUGGUGUUCGGGAGACAGCCCCUGCGCGAUGGAGAGAUUUUUGAAGUCCGGCUCGACAGGAAGGUGAAUUCGUGGAGUGGAUCUAUAGAGGUUGGAGUUACAACCAUUGACCCAGACAUGCUGGAUUUCCCCACCAGUGCCACUGGACUGAGAGAGGGUUCCUGGAUUGUCUCAGGGUGUUCCAUCCUCAAGGAUGGUCGCUCUAUCCGUGACAACUACGGCGCAGACCUGGACACCCUUGCUGAGGGUGACUGUGUGGGGGUACAGAGGAUGGCCAAUGGAGAUCUGCACAUUUUUGUAAAUGGUGAAGACUCUGGGGUGGCUGCGACUGGGCUGCCACAGCGGGUGUGGCCUGUGAUUGACAUGUAUGGGAAAUGUUGUCAGAUAACACUGAUGGAGACCCCACAAGCUAAUGACAAUGACUCAGCUAACAACGCUGUGCUAGCUGAGACCACGCCGGCCUCCAAUGACAGUCUGCGCUUCCACGAACGAUGCGGUGCAUUGGUGAAGCUGACCAAUCAGGGAAGAUCUGCAGAGAGACGACGGCCACUAGAUGAGUUCAAUAACGGUGUUGUGAUCACCACGAGGGCUAUCAGAGACCAUGAAAUGUUUGAAGUCCGUAUUGACAGACUUGUGGACAAGUGGUCAGGUUCAAUAGAGAUGGGAAUUACAACUCACAACCCUGCCACCCUGGAGUUCCCCGCUACCAUGACUAACAUGCGAUCUGGAACUAUUAUGAUGAGUGGAGGAGGUGUUCUUACCAAUGGAAGAUCCACACUUAGGGAAUAUGGCGAGUUCAACCUGGAUGAGCUCACUGAAGGAGAUGUAGUUGGACUGAUGCGAAAAUCCAACGGUGAUCUUCACUUUUAUGUGAAUGGACUUGACCAAGGCCUGGCUGCCCAGCGCACCCCAGGUUCUGUGUACGGUGUUGUAGACUUAUAUGGUAUGACAGUCAAGGUCACACUGGUGGAUCCGGAGUCUCCUCGACACGUGCCCCAUUCUGACAGGAUUGACAGAAGGACCAAUCGGAUACUGCGAACCAUGACAGUUGGGUUUGACAAUGAAUCAGUACCUUGUAGUGGUAUGGAGGAGUCUGAGAAGAUUUUAUUCCACCCCAAAUGUGGCUCACAUGCUGCUGUCAUCAAUGGAGGCAGGACUGCCCUGAGACCCAAUGCGCUUGAAGACUUCAACAAUGGUGUCAUCCUUACCACACGACCCCUACGCACAUUGGAGAUGUUCACAGUUCGGAUAGACAAGAUGGUGGACAAGUGGGCAGGGUCCAUAGAGAUUGGUCUGACUUCUCACACCCCCCCUGAACUGGAGUUCCCGUCCACCAUGACAAAUGUGCGUUCUGGUACCUGGAUGAUGACAGGAAAUGGCAUCAUGCACAACGGCACAACUGUGCUGGAUGAAUACGGGCAUAACUUAGACAGACUAAAGGUGAAUGAUAGAGUAGGAGUGAUGAGAAAACAGGAUGGAACACUCCAUUUCUAUGUGAAUGGGGCGGACCAGGGAGUAGCAGCUCACAAUGUCCCCGAUGGACUGAUUGCUGUGGUAGAUCUGUAUGGCCAGGCUGCCCAGGCUACCAUUGUGGACAUGUCAGAGGAUGUCCCUCCCCUCUCGUCGGAUGGUGAGACGGAUAGUUCUGAUGUGGAGCACAACCGGAGAUUUUCCCCACGGAGCCCUCUCAUCAACAACUGUGUCACCGAGGAACUCCGAUUUCAUCAUUUACAUGGAAGGAAUGCCACCAUAACAAACAAUGGGAGAACGGCAUCCAGGCCAAACGCACGAGGAGAGUUUAAUGAUGCCAUCAUCAUGAGCAACAGAGCACUUCAGGAUAAUGAGCUUUUCGAAGUGGUCAUUGAAAAAAUGGUGGACAGAUGGUCAGGCUCUAUAGAAGCAGGUUUGACAGCCAUAAGACCAGAUGAUUUGGAAUUCCCCAACACCAUGACUGAUAUUGACUAUGAUACAUGGAUGCUCAGUGGUUCUGCUGUUAUGCAAGAUGGUAGUACGAUAAGAAAUGGCUACCAGCUGGACUUGGAUACUUUGACUGGUGGGUCGCGUUUGGGCAUGAUGCGGACAUCUAAUGGAGAGAUGCACUUCUUUGUGAACGGUGUGGACCAGGGUGUUGCCUGCACAGAUGUGCCACCAGGUAUCUAUGCUGUUAUAGACCUGUAUGGACAGUGUGCCCAGGUGUCAAUCACCAGUGGAAGUGAGAACAGCCUAAUCAAUGGGGACCUCCAACAGUUUAACUUCACCUCGCCACUUCCAGGAGCCAUCCAUAGGUUCCACCAGAAUGCAGGGAAGAAUGUUGCUCUCAAAAACAACAGCUGUACAGCCACAAGAGUACGGAACUUCAACCAUGGCUUGGUUCUCAGCUCAAAGCCUCUCAGAAGUGAUGAGUUGUUUGAGAUCAGAAUAGAGCAGACAUCUUCCAGAUGGUCGGGAUCCCUACAGAUUGGACUGAGCAUGCUGACACCAUAUGAGGUGACUCCCACUGCAAACCUGCCACCUUCUGCUAUAGACCUUCGCUCCAAAGUUACGUGGGUCAUGUCGGGUUCAUGUAUCAAAAGAAAUGGCCUCAUGUUGAAAGAGAACUACGCUCCAACCCUGGACAGAUUAGAGGUUGGAGGCAGGGUUGGUGUGAAGAGAUGUACAGAUGGUACCAUGCACAUAGUCAUCAAUGGAGAGGACAUGGGUGUUGCUGCAAACAGUGUUCCAAAGGACAUGUAUGCAGUGGUGGACCUGUACGGGAGAGUGGAGCAGGUCACAGUUAUCAGCUCAUCUUUCCCCGACCUAACCGAGUCUGACAGGCCUCCUUCUAUCAGUUCAACUAGCACAGAGUCAUUAGAGUUGGAUGCAGAAUGCACAUCAUUAGAACUUGUCUGUAUGGAAUUUCAUUGGAAUCACGGCAAAAACGUUCAGCUUAUCAACGACAACAUGACAGCAUGUCGGACAGCGAGCUACAACCAGGGCAUUGUGGUCAGCCGCAGGCCACUGCCCCGUAUGCAGCUAUUCCAGGUGAGAGUAGACAAGCUGAACCCACGAUGGACAUCAUCAUUGUUAAUCGGAGUUGUAGGACAGGCUCCUGACAAACUCAGCUUUCCUCUCACAGCUGUGGGCAUCAAGAAAUCCUCCUGGAUCAUCCAGGGAAAUGCUCUCUUCAACAACUCUGUCAAGGUGAGGGAACAGUAUGGUCCAAAUUUGGACAGUCUCCAUGUUGGCCAUCUUGUUGGAGUGAUGGUGGACCUGAACGGAUGCUUCCACCUGUUUGUGAAUGGUGUGGACCAGGGUGUGGCUGCCCAUGACAUCCCUGUGCCCUGUUAUGUGGUCAUUGAUGUAUAUGGCCAAUGUGAGCAGAUAACAAUAAUCAGAGAUGAUAUGAUCGAGAAUGACAACAGAGAGAAAGCAGACAUGGUGGAUGGUAUGAAGGAGAGUGUUGUUGGCAGCCCACCCAUCACACCUGCUGUGGUUCGGAACUGUGAGUACAAGAACCUCUGCACCAGAUUCAAGAACUGCCUUGGACUACCAGAGGGUUAUUUUAACCCAGAGCCCAAGUACAACUUGUGCUACUGUGAGACCUGCCACAAGCUACGUGGAGAUGAACCAUAUGUCAAGAGGGGUGACCCCCCCAGAGACUAUGCAUUACCCUUUGGAUGGAGCAGAUUUGCACUGAGAUUACCCCCCAGAGCAGAGAUGAUGAAUGUGUUUGAAAAGUGGCACGUCGCUUUCCAUGGCACAUCUGUUGCUGCCAUUAGAAAAAUUUUGGACAGUGGCGAGCUUCUUAUACCAGGUAAUGUUCAACCAGGAGACAUCAUGAUGGCUGGGAGAUUCCCAGUGCCAGAGAGGGAUGAGCACUCUAAUGAUGACAACAAACCACAAACUGCUGACAUCACCCAGAUUUUCCUGUCCCCCACUGUGAAGUAUGCUGGCCAUGAUGCAUACGCUCCGCGCUACAAAUUCAUUGAUCCGAAGACAAAGACAACCCAUUACGCUACAGUGGCAUUCCAGGUGUGCAUCCGUCCAGGCUGCUAUCAGACGGGGCCUCAAACCAUCGGUGCAAAUGAACCCAUUGAUCCAAAGUUUGACAACAAUGAAAUAGAAUGGUUCACUAAGGAGCGAGGAGCCACCGUCUUGUAUGGACUCUUGAUCAAGAUAGAAUAGCUUCACGUACAUUUCAUGUAUAGGCACAUGAGGGGCAGUAUAACCCCGUCGUGUGUAAGGCCGUCGACCGAUGACGAUAGGCACAUGAGUCACUAAAAGGACAUGCCCACAACUGCAAUCUGCCUAUUGAUAUAUUAAUAUAAUUCAGUAAUGUGUAAAUAUUUCCUUGAGUCUCAUCCUGCCCUAGGCUACAUUGUCCUGUACAGAAACGUUGGAACAGCUGUCUGGCCUGGGUGAAACAAUUCAUCUUAUGAUUAUCGGUUUGAAGUUACUGGUUUCUGCCAACUGUUUUGGAAGUUGCUUUUGUUCUAAAGCUAUAUAAAGGCGUAGCUUAAAAUACAAAUGUCUCUGGACAAUGAUCAUUCUGGACAUGCUAUGCAUAUUUUAAUCAGUCUUUCCUGGAACAUGGAACUUCUAGAAUUUGAUACACUAAGUGCUCAGUUUGCUUCAAACUCAAUACAAAAAUUGAGACUAGAAUUUGGCAACCUCAUACCUCCAUGAAAUAUUUAGAGCUUUUGUAUAUGUUAUGCAAAUGACAAACAUAUAUACAUAAUUUAUGCAGGUGGUGUUCAUCAUUUAUUAGCUUACACAUGUCACAAGUAAAAAAAAACAAUCAUGAACAAUAAUAAAGCACUUUUGCCAUUGUACAUUAAUUAUGGAAAUCAGUUCCUCAUUUGUAUAUUUGGUAUCUGUUUACAUUGUACGUUCCACCAGUCAUGAAUUACACAUGUUACACUUA